GUGCCCGAGCUGGAGAAAGCCACGGUCCGCAUACAGCAGCCGGAGCGUGUGAUGGGGAUAAUCCGGUCCAUCAAGGAGCAGGGGAUGAACAAGCUGCAGGUCAUUUCUGACUUCGACAUGACGCUGAGCAGGUUUGGGUGCAACGGCAGACGCUGCCCCACUUCGCACAAUAUCCUCGAUAACAGUCGUGUUAUCAGUGAGGACGGCAAGAAGAAGCUGAAAGACCUGCUGCACUAUUACUAUCCCAUUGAAAUCGAUCCCAACCGGACCCUGGAGGAGAAAUGUCCCCUCAUGGUGGAGUGGUGGACCAGGGCGCACGAGCUGCUGUCGCAGCAGAAGAUCCAGAAGGGUGACAUAGCCCAGAUAGUCAGAGAAUCGGACGUGAUGCUGAGGGAUGGAUUCAAUGAAUUAUUUGAUCAGCUGCAUAAGUACAACGUCCCCUUGUUCAUCUUCUCUGCUGGUGUCGGUGACAUCCUUGAAGAGAUUAUCCGUCAGGCCAACGUCUUCUACUCAAAUGUCAACGUGGUCUCCAACUACAUGGACUUCGACGAUAACGGAGUCCUCACGCAUUUCAAGGGACCCCUCAUCCACACCUACAACAAGAACAACAGCGUCCUGCAAGGUACGGAGUAUUUCCAGCAGCUGAGCACUAGGACGAGCAUCAUCUUGCUGGGGGACUCCAUGGGUGAUUUGACGAUGGCAGAUGGCGUUCCAAGUGUGGAGAACAUCCUCAAGAUUGGCUUUCUCAAUGACAAGGUGGGUGGGAGGGUGAAGUACCUGGAUGCCUACGACAUCGUGCUGGAGAGCGAUGAGACGCUGGAUGUGGUCAACGGGAUUCUCCGGUACAUCCUUAUCGAGACAUGA